UUCUUUUUUUAAUCAAACACAAACCCUAAAGUCGGAUUUAAUGGUGGUUUACGAGCAGCACGUGAAGGAGGCGUGAUGCUGCGCGCGUAAUGGAUUUCCCCAGCACUGCUCCUUAUCGGGGACCAGGAGCUGCAGCUGCAGCAGUCCAACCACAUUAAAUCUGCUCCACCACUUGAUGCCGGUGACCUUGGCUGACGGUGGUUACACCUUACAGUCUUGCAUUGCGCCUUUUCCCAUCCACCAUGGCAUCAUCGGACGGGCUGGAUGAGGAUUGCGUGUUGCAGCGGGGGAGAUCACAGAGUGACCCCAGCAGCAUCACCGAGGUCCGCUUGGGUGAAGCGCACAGAGCAGACGUGAUGGACCAGCAGAGGGUGCUGCAUUCGGGUUGCCUGGUCUCAGGGGUUCGUACGCCUCCCGUCCGCCGCAACAGCAAGCUGGCCAGCUUGGGACGCAUCUUCAAGCCCUGGAAAUGGAGGAAAAAGAAAAACGAGAAGCUGAAGCCCACCGCAAGUGAGUCGGUGGAGAAGAAGGCAGCUGUACGACAGAAGAGAGAUGACCUCGUCAGGAGGAACCCUGGGGAGAUGGAGACAGAAUCAGAUCUUGCUUGUGGGGGUAACAGUGAAGAUCCAGACACCCCGACUCACUCGGACGGCGAGGAGAGAGAUGAAGAGCCUGUGGCUCCUCUGGCCAGCAGCAGUGAAGACCUGGGCAGCGAUUUGGAAGCUUCAACAGUACAAGACAUGACUGAAGACUCAAAGACAGCGGGAGAUCCCAGUCAGAGCGAAGAUGGAGAAGAUGAAAGCACCUCACUCAGCGACCCCAGUGACGAGCAGCCGAUGGGGAAGGCGGAGGCUGUUGAAGGGAAAUUGGAGGUGACGGCCGCACAGCCUCCGAGACGAGUCAGCACCUCCCCUCCGCCCAGCCUGCCAGUCAAACUACUCACCAGACUGGGCAGCCUAGACUGCGUUCCUUCUGUGCCAGUUAAGAAGUCCCCAGCCACCUUACCCAGGAACUUCACACUUCCCAAAGACCCUCAUGGCUCCCUGUUGAGAGGCAGGAUCUCCACACCUACUGGGUCCCCUCACCUCGGGUCACUACACCCACAACUGCCCCCUAGCUGCAUCAUUGAGGAACUGCACCGCGCCCUGGCCACCAAACAUCGACAGGACAGUUUCCAAACGAAGGAGGCGCGCUCGUCUCUGAAGCGCCGGCUGGACGGCCGUCUGUCCCGCACGUCCAGCACAGAAAGGGAGCCCGCUGGGGAGUCGGAGAGCAAGAAAGAGUCUGACGAGAACAAAGAGAACUGGCGUCUGGACGAAUACUUGAGCGAUCAGGACAGCUGGAACGAAUCUGUGAUCUCUGGGACCCUCCCGCGCAGGAUGAGGAAGGAGCUGCUGGCCGUGAAGCUUCGAAACCGGCCCAGCAAGCAGGAGCUGGAGGACCGCAACAUCUUCCCCGUCCGCAGCGACCAGGAGCGGCAGGAAAUCCGCCAGCAGAUAGAGAUGAAGCUGGCCAAGAGACUGAGCCAGAGACCGGCCGUGGAGGAGCUGGAGAGCCGGAACAUCUUGAAGCAAAGAAAUGACCAGACAGAACAGGAGGAGAGGAGGGAAAUCAAACAGCGGCUGAACAGAAAGCUGAACCAGCGGCCGACAGUGGACGAGCUGCGGGACAGAAAGAUCCUCAUUCGUUUUAGUGACUAUGUGGAAGUGGCCAAAGCUCAGGACUACGACAGACGAGCUGACAAGCCCUGGACCAGACUGUCAGCUGCUGACAAGGCAGCGAUACGGAAGGAGCUGAACGAGUUCAAAAGUAAUGAGAUGGAAGUUCAUUCUUCAAGCAAGCAUCUGACAAGGUUCCACCGGCCUUAGCAAGGUUUCUUCUGUGAAGAGUUGCUGGUAAUCUGGUUCUGUCAGCGAAGACCUUGCACGGAGUCUUCCAGCGUCCUGUCCCACAGUCAGUGGGUGUCCUGGUAUUUGUGUCCGGCGAACCUUGGAGGCUAUGUCUCUAGAAAUGGAGCCGCCGGUAGACGGGGACGCAUGCAGCGAGCUCCACUUCUACUCAGAGGAACAUGACCUUAACCCUCACUUCGCCUUGUCAGAGGAGCAGGAAGAAUCAAGGUCAUGUAAUCGCCAUAGACAAGCAGAGACUUUCUUUUGUAAACAGACUCUUUUGAAUGACGUCCUUUUUGAUGCCACAGGGGGAAAAUGUGCAUGUGACCGAGUCGACCAGUCCCACUCCAGUAUCAGUAGUCACAUCCCCAAGCUGUGUCUGAGUCUCACCGAUUCAGUUGAUGAUGUUUCAUAUCAACAGUGUAAAAAGAAACCUUGUCUGUGUAAAAGACAAAAAUCCCUUUGUAAGCACUAUUUAUUGUCUGCACAAUACAGGUUUUCAAUUUGUAACAAA